AUGUGCCUGAGAAGAUGAAGAGCCGAAUCCCAGUGGUGCUCCUGGCCUGUGGCUCCUUCAAUCCCAUCACCAACAUGCACCUGCGCUUGUUUGAAGUGGCCAGAGACCACCUACAUCAGACAGCUCCUGUCUGGACGGUGAGCUCUCCGUGCUGCAACAGUGCUGUCAUCUGAGAUGUCCCCUCGCUGUUUCCCUGGGGUUCUCUGUCCUGGUGUGGAAGGACCUUGGAUUUAUUGGGUCCUGUGCCUUCUGCUUUUUUUGGCCUGCUUCUGUUUUGGAGAAAUGCAUCCUCCUGUGUCUUUCUAUCCCUAGAAAGGAUCUAUGGGAGCUAAAUUUUUGAGACCCCUUGUGUAUAUGAACACAACUUUAUUCCACACUCCAAUUCAGAGGCUUUGCUCCACUGCCUCCUGGAUCCUGGAAUUGCUGUUGAGAAAUCCAGUUUUGUCCUGUGUCCUGCUCUGGAAUGUACCAGGUGAUCGGGGGUAUCAUCUCUCCUGUCAACGACCACUACAGGAAGCAAGACCUUGUGGCUGCCCACCACCGGGUGGCCAUGGCCCGGCUGGCCCUGCAGACGUCUGACUGGGUCCGGGUGGACCCCUGGGAGAGCGAGCAGCUGCAGUGGACGGAGACAGUGAAGGUGCUGAGGCAUCAUCACAGUGAACUGCUCAGAUCUCUGCCCCGGAAGGAAGGCCCAGACCACGGCAGGGCUCGCUGCACAGCCCCCACAGCUGUGCCAGAGCUGAAGCUGCUCUGCGGGGCAGACGUCCUGAAGACCUUCCAGACCCCCAACCUCUGGAAAGACGCACACAUCCAGGAGAUCGUGGAGAAGUUCGGUGUGGUGUGCGUGAGCCGCACAGGUCACAACCCAAAGGAAUACAUCUCGGGCUCGCCCAUCCUGCACCAGUACCGGCACAACAUUCACCUGGCCAGGGAGCCCGUGCAGAACGAGCUCAGCUCCACGUAUGUCCGGCAGGCCCUGAGCCAGGGGCACAGUGUGAAGUACCUGCUCCCAGAUGCCGUCAUCACCUACAUCAGGGACCACAAUCUCUACACCAGGGACAGUUCCUGGAAAGGCAGCAGCACCCAGAGGAGUGAAGGAAAGACAGGCUGGGAAGAGUCCACCACUCCACAGAGCUCCUCCUGACCAAAGGGCAGUCAAGGUCUUGGGCUUUUUUUUUUUUUCUUCUCAUGUUUCCUUUAUUUUACUUAAGCAAAGAGUUGACUUCAGAGGCAUCUUCUGUCCGAGGAAGAUACACGUUUCUUUUGGGAGGAGGAGCAGGUGCCGACAUCUCAAGAAUGGACUUUCUCCAAAGAGGUUAAAAUGGCGAGACAGGUCACUAGAACUAGACCACAGCUCUCAGAACCUGUCACUGCAGAGGCCUUCUUGUUCUGUAAGGGGUGACUCAGGCAUGCGCAUCAAAGGCAGUUCUGCGCCAGGCAGAGCCCCUGAGGGUCAGCUCAGAACUGCCCACACACAUUUUUUAACUAGAACCAGGUGCGGAUGCCUGUGUUGAUGGGAGAGACUUGACAGGAUGCUAAUUACCAAAGAGUGGGCUUUGUCAACGCCUUGUUCCAACAAAAUAAUACUAAGUGAGGAGUCAAAAAUUUGGAAACAGCUCUUAACUACCGUCUGCCUGCAUAAGCUGUAGAUACAAUUUUAAAUCUUUCUAAGAAGUGACCUUCAAACAGUAUUUUUGAUACGGCAGAUAUUUUUAACACGACUUUUUUUUAAUAAAUGCCAGGACUCCUGAUUUCCAGGUUUCUAAAAAGGAACUGAGGUAAAACAGAUGCCUUGACUGUUUGAGAGGAUCUUUUUGAAUGUUUUAUGACCGCCUGCCUGUUUGAAUAUUGGCAAAGAGAUAAAUAAUAAAUUGACAUCGAAAGAUA